AUGAAAUUAACUCACCUCUUUCUCUUGAUGUUUUUAUCAUCUCCUACACAGAGUGAUUAUGCAACUUGUGUAUCUGAAUUAAAAUCAUGGGUCAAAGGAAUUCCUGGAGGUUAUACAGGAAGCGAUGAUAAGUAUUCUCAAAUGGUUGCUUAUUCAGGGAAAGGUUUAAAUGAUCUCGGACUAUACUAUGAGUGCACAGACUUAGAAGGGGCAAAUUAUGUGAUUUUUCAAUUAAGCCAGAUUCCAGCAUUAGUUUUUGGUUUUUGUUUUCCUGAAGAAUGCACAAUUGAUGAUUACUGAGAAAUCAUCAAUGAAAUUCCUAAAAACACUACAUCAGCUGAGCUGCUGCCUUACAUUUCUCAAUAUUUUCCUCACAGUGAAUCGACUCAUAAAAGAAUUUUGGCUGAUCAGGGAUUUGAAAUAAACUUAUCUAUCCAUUUCCCUGAAAAUUCAGUUAAAACUCUUUCAGAUUUUACUGCAGGCUCAUCAUUGAUGCUAAUUUUUGUAAUUCUAUUAUUAGCUGCAUGCAUUUCAGCUACUUCUAUAGAAAUCUACAGGAUUUUGCACGUAAAAAAACAAGACUUAGCCUCAACUAUUAUAUCAGAAAACUCUAUAUUAAAAUAUGACCCUGAAAGAAUCUCAUUUUCUUCGUUUAUCCAUAAAGAAAGCGAAUUUAAUAACACAAAAGCAAUGGAAAUUUUACUAUGCUUCUCAUGAUAUUCAAAUAUACCUAAGCUGCUAUCUGUAAAAACUAAAGAAAAGAAAAGCGUUUUGGAUACUUUUAAUGCUUUAAGAGUGUUUUCUAUAUUAUGAAUUAUUCUUGGGCAUACAGAGUUAUAUAGGCUAUAUGAUAGCGUUGAUAUUAAUAUUGAUAGAGUCCAAGUUUAUUUUAAAAAAACUGUUUAUACACUAUUAUUUUCAGCGCCAUAUGCUGUAGAUACCUUUUUUUGAAUAGCUGGAUUUUUGCAGUCGUAUGUAAUGAUUAAUUACUUGAUUUCUAAGCCAAAAGUGAACUGGUUUAUGAUUUUUAUGCAUCGAUAUAUUAGGAUCUUCCCGUUUUAUAUUUUUAUUAUUUGCAUAGGAUGGACAUUUAGCCAAUAUAUAGGGGAUGGACCUAAAUGAUACAAUGCUGAAGAAAUCUUGCAUAGGGACUGUAAAGAUUGGUUUUGGACAGUUAUUAUUUUUAUCAAUAAUUUUUAUAUGCCCACUCACGGCAGUAUGGACUGCUUAGUGGGGGAGUGAUAUAUUGCUAACGAUAUGCAAUUUUUCCUUAUUUCUCUACCAAUUAUUUACCUUUAUACAAAGAUAAGCAGAAUUUUUGGCUGAGUAAUAAAUAUUUUUUUAACAGUAAUGAGCUUUAUAGCAUCGUUUGCUAUUGCUUUUGAUGAAAAUUUUAACACAGUGCUUUUUUCUGAUCAAAAUAAGAGAUAUAUGGAAGAUUUAUAUUAUAAGCCUUAUUGCAGAAUAGCUCCAUAUGCUAUUGGAAUGAUAACUGGAUUUAUUUACUAUACCUCAAAAAAUGAUACUGAUGGCAGCUUUGAUUAUUGAGCGUAUAGAAUUUCUUUUAAAAUAAAAAAAAAUAAAUGAAUUAGAUAUAUCCUUUAUUUUUUCGGAGCAUUUCUAAUGAAUUUUUAUAUCUGGAUACAAUAUGAUGCCUUUCAAGAUAUGGAAAAAUGAAGCCGAGUUCAAAAUUCGCUAUAUUUAAGUACCAAUAGAAUAGCAUGGGGCUUAUCCUUAACUUUAGUCAUGCUGCCAAUCCUUCUGGGACAUAAUAAGGCAGUAUCCUCUAUAUUAAGCUCCAAUUUCUGAGCUCCAUUAGGCAAGUUAGCAUUUGGCGUAUUUCUAUGUCACAUGAUUAUUGGAAGAAUCAUAUUUUUUUCUCAAGGGAAUUCUUAUUACUUGGGUCAGCUGAAUUUUUUUAUAGAUGCUAUUGUUAUCACAGUUUUAGCAUUUUUAUUAAAUUUUAUAUUAAGCUUACUUGUAGAAAUACCUGUAUUGAAUCUUGAAAGAGUGAUAUUGAAGACUAAGGAUUAA